GCAGUGGGUCAUCAGUCCUCAUCGGUAGCAUCUCAGCCUGUACUGUGCAGCUCGAUCCCGGGUCUAGUGCCAAAGCAGCUGCGUUUCUGCAAGAAUUUUGCCGAGGUGAUGCCAAGCGUGGUGCACGGCCUCAGCAUUGCUAUCCGCGAGUGUCAACACCAGUUCCGUGGCCGGCGAUGGAACUGCACUACUCUCAAUGACACACUCGCCAUCUUUGGGCCCGUCCUAGAUAAAGCCACGAGGGAAGCUGCAUUCGUUCACGCCAUUGCAUCAGCAGGAAUAGCAUUUGCCGUGACCAGAGGGUGUGCUGAUGGUUCGGCUUCGAUCUGCGGUUGUGAUAUGAUACAUAAAGGUCCACCAGGGGAGGGGUGGAAGUGGGGCGGCUGCAGUGAAGAUGUUCACUUCGGAAACAUGGUCUCACGAGAAUUUGCCGAUGCACGCGAGAACCGACCUGAUGCUCGAUCUGCCAUGAACCGCCACAACAACGAGGCUGGCAGGAUAUCCAUCACCGAGCACAUGUACCUGAAAUGUAAAUGUCACGGAUUGUCAGGAAGCUGCGAGGUGAAGACAUGCUGGUUUUCACAACCAGAUUUUCGCAAAAUCGGUGAUUACAUGAAGGACAAAUACGACAGCGCCUCUGAGAUGUUGGUGGAGAAACACAGGGAGUCUCGGGGCUGGGUUGAAACCCUGCGGCCCAAAUUUACCUUCUUUAAACCGCCUACAGAAACUGACCUUGUCUACUAUGAAAGCUCUCCCAAUUUCUGUGAUCCAAACAUGGAGACGGGUUCAUUUGGGACGCGAGACCGCAUGUGUAACUUAACAUCGCAUGGCAUCGACGGUUGCGAGCUGCUCUGCUGCGGCCGAGGACACAACACGCGGACGGAGAGACGCAAAGAGAAAUGCCACUGUGUCUUCCACUGGUGCUGCUACGUCAGCUGUCAGGAGUGUACGCGUGUCUACGACGUCCACACCUGCAAAUAACUCGAACUAGAAAUUUGGUUGCUUUUUGAAGUAUUGCUUUAAACCAGAGUGUGUUUGACUUUGCUGAGUGACAAGGCCUUCUUCAGUUCUGAAUGCUUAAUAUAAAAUAUCGAUUCUAGCAUCUUCAUGCCUAGCUUGUAAGCACAUAAAUUUGUCACUGCAAAUUCAGAACCUCUGGAAACCUUUGGAUCACAAAAAAUCCACCCAACCAACAAAAACCUUUGCGUUGAAUCUUUCACCAACAACCUGUGUCAUCGUUCCCUCAUGCAAAAGAUUAAAGGGAAAGGGUUAGACGGAGAUUGUCGUA